AUACAUCACCCCAGUUAUAGCCUCGGCCAGAGCCAAGAAGGCAUCAGCGAAAAAAGUCAUCCACCAUUGGGGAAGGAAAAAUCUUCGAUGUUCAAUAAUUUUCUUCUCUCACUAUUCUACCAAAUAAGAAUCGCAAAAAAACUGUCGGAAAAAACGGAUAAGCAAGUUUACUGAGCGCUAAGACCGAAAAUUGUUGACUAUUCGUUGUGUGUCUGUCGAGUAACAAGUUUUUAGUUUACCAAGCAACCGUUUGUGUGUCGUGUAAAUAAGAAUCGAAACGAAAAAGUUGUCUCCUAACCAGAGAAAAACAAGUGAUAAAAUUUUCCGGAAGCUAUCGUUGUGGCAGUCGCAUUGUGAAAUUAAUUGCUAAAGGGCCUGCGAGGCGGAACAACGGAAAAUUUCAAUUGAAAGAAAAACCACCGCCUGAAAGAGAGUUAAGAUUUUCACACACAUACACACACACACGGAUACACGUAAAGCAACAGAGAUGCCUGAUUGUUAAGAUAUGACCCACAGCAAAAAAUGACUUAUUAUCCUAGUCGAUAGAGCAAGCAGUAAAUGAAUUUCGCGAAUAAACGAACAACCGAGCAUGAGUGUGAAGCAAGAGGUGAUCUUCGGACUAAGCCAGAGUUAAGCUUUUUCUGCUUCGCAUGCAAAAGCAUCAGCAGGGUUUCCGAGAUCGAUAGAAGGGGCCAUCCCCGCGGUAGUGGAGCGUAAGCUGCGUAAUACGAACAUUAAAGGGGUGCCCCCCGACGAACGAAACUCCACGAUACACACAUUCGUCCUUAAACAAACAUCGAAUUUUACAAGCAAAGCACAAAAAAAGCUAACGAACAACAAACAAAAAAAAAACAUACGAAAGGGGGAUCAAAAGUACCGGAAUCUUUUUUGUUUUGUUACUAUGUGAUGUUGAACAUGCGAUAUAUUCUUUACUGUUGAAACGGUUAUUAGUGCUAAGAAUCCGAUUUGCGGAAGUUAUGCUAAAACUUUGUAAAACAAAGUAAACGAAUCGCUGAGUAAAGAAGCGACAGAAAAAAAACAACGCGGAAAUCGCCCUCCGGGCUCCACAUUGGAAAGUGAAAGCAGCGAAAUCAUAAGUGCGAUUAUUCGCGAGUGUCGUUUAAAAACACCCACACACAUAUAUAUAUAUAUAUAUAUACACAUACACACACGCUUACAUACGUAACGAGAACGCAUCCGCGAAACACGAUUCCGAAACGCGACUGGAUUGGAUUCGGGUUCGCGUUCGGUUGUGCCUAUAGGGCUGCAUACGAUUAUCCUUGCUGAGCAGCCCUACACCUUCCCUCUCCCACCCACCGGUAGGAAAACUUUCUUUCCCCUCGACCCACCGAACUAACCAACUGCGGCAAAAAUGGGUGAUGAUAGGAAUAACAAGAAGAUUCUGCAAAAUAUAAAAAUGCCAGAGCAGAGCAACGACUACCGAGUGGUGGUGUUUGGUGCUGGAGGUGUCGGGAAAAGUUCGCUGGUUCUCCGGUUCAUCAAAGGAACAUUCCGGGAAAGUUACAUACCGACUAUCGAGGAUACGUACAGACAGGUGAUCAGUUGCAACAAGAACAUAUGCACGCUACAGAUCACAGACACGACCGGGUCCCACCAGUUCCCGGCGAUGCAGCGACUGUCGAUCACCAAGGGCCACGCUUUCAUUCUGGUCUAUUCGGUUUGCUCGAAGCAGAGCCUGGAGGAGCUGAAGCCCAUCUGGAGUUUAAUACGGGAGUUGAAGGGCGAAGAAAUCUCGCAAAUACCGGUAAUGCUUGUGGGUAACAAGUGCGAUGAGCCGGAGGAACUGCGAGAGGUGACCAACAUCGAAGGCCAAACGGAAGCUGCCACCUGGGGGAUCUCGUUCAUGGAGACGUCGGCCAAAGAAAACCACAACGUAACCGAGCUGUUUCAGGAAUUGCUCAACAUGGAGAAGAAUCGAAAUGUGUCGCUACAGCUGGACGGAAAGAACAAGAAGAAAAAUAAGAAAAAAAUGAUGAAGGAACAAGCCAAGGAGGAAAAGUUGCUGAAGGAAAAGAAAGAGAAAGCGAAGCAGCAGGCCAAAGAGAAGGAGAAAUCAGCCCAGAAGGAAAAGGAAAAGGAGAAGGAAAAACCCAAGGACAAGGCGAACGGAACCAGUAAGAAGGAGGGAGCCGCGGCUGGCGCCGAAGGAGCAGCAGCGGAAGGCGAGGGCAGCGCUAGUCUUAAGGAAAAAUGCAAGGUGAUGUAAUACGGAUGUUAUGCACGGAACAACCUUCGGAUAACCUGUUAAUCGAACUACACGUACACGCAAGUAGAGCAUUAUACAAAACCAACAGAACAACAAAUAAUCGAAUAAAAUCGAAUCGUAAGAGAACGAGCAAAAUUGAAACAAAGUGAAAAGAAAAAAAGAGUCACACACACAUUAUCAGGUUUUAAAUCUAUUUUAGACGCUAAAACACUUAAUUGAUUAAUGCUAAAUGAUCAAGAAAAAAAAAUGAUAUUAUACAACCAUAAUUAUAUUUAUAUAUAUUGAUAAAGAAAAGCAAGAAACAAAAAUAUUAUGUACAUAUGAUAGUACUAAUUUAAAUUAUGAUGCAACGUAGUAACGAGCAGACGCUUAAACUUCAUGAUAUGCCAUAAAAAUCACUAGCAAAUAUAGCAAAUUAUUAUAUAUUUUGCUUCGAUAAAAUUCAAUAAAUUUGAAUAAAUCGUUAAACCUUAAACCAGCACAA